AUGGGCUUAGAAGACCGAGUGGACCUUCUCUAUACAGAUAAGGCUGUCGAAGUUGCAAAGACUGUCUACGAGAGCUUAUGCACAUUCACGACAUCAACAUCAUCAUCAUCAAUAAUUUCUGUAUCAUUAGUGUACCAUUCACUUGAACAAGGGAUUGGAGAUGAAUGCGACUUGAUAGAGCUUGUGAAUCAACUGCAGAAUAAACUGGCCGCUGGUGGUCACAGUUUGAAAAUUUCUUUGCCUCAAAUUGUGGUGGUCGGAUGUCAAAGCGCUGGAAAAAGUAGUGUUUUAGAAAGUAUUGUUGGAAAGGAGUUUUUGCCUCGUGGAUCUGGAGUAGUCACUAGAAGACCAGCUGUAGUGCAACUGCAGCCUUGUAAUGACGGAGAAGAGUAUGCAGUUUUUCUCCACAAAGAGAACGAAAAAUUUACGAACUUUGAGGACGUAAAAAACGAAAUCCAAAGAGAAACUAAUCGAGAUCCUGGAACUUCCGGUUUCAGUUCUCAGCCUAUUUCGUUGAAGAUUUAUUCACCUAAAGUUUUGAAACUUACUCUCGUGGACCUACCAGGAUUGAUCAAAAAUGUUGUUGGAGAUCAGGCAGAGACCAGUAUUGCGGAAGUGCGAAAUAUGGUUUUACAGUACAUCGAACAACCAAACAGUCUUAUACUCGCCGUGAGCCCAGCGAAUCAGGAUAUAGCAAAUUCUGAUGCUUUGAAUAUUGCUAAAGAAGUCGACCCGGAAAGGGAAAGAACAAUUGGCGUUUUAACCAAGCUGGACUUGAUGGAUGAUGGAACGAAUGCGUGCGAUAUUUUAGAAAAUAAAAAAAUAUUCUUGAAACGAGGCUAUGUUGGAGUCCUGAACCGAAGCCAGAAAGAUAUUGAUGAGCAACGAGACAUUGAUUACAGCUUGGAAAAGGAAAGAAGAUAUUUUGAUGAAACGGAAUGCUACAAAGCUUUGGCUGAUCAAAUGGGGACUCCAUAUUUAAGAAAAAUGCUCAAUCAUCAAUUGAGAAUUCAUAUUAAAGAAUCUUUGCCAGCU